AUGGACGUGACGGAUGCUCAUUUCUACUCGACCUCGUCGGCAACGAUGAGUCUACCAGCUACUAGCGCUACGGACGGAUCAAGUGGGAAAGGUGAGAGUACAUCAGAAGCGAACCAGACAGCUCAGCCCGUAGGAGUAGAGCCAACAUUGGAACAGGAGGUGUCGCAGCUAGUCGGCAGUCUAGGAAGUUGGUGGAGCGGCGUGAGCAAGAGAGUGAGUCGUUUUCUCUGGCAUGUAAUCGACCGACUCAAAGGUGUAUGCUAAUCAUAUGCUGCCUAUUGUAUGCUACUAGUCGCAAGACACGUUGGCGUCAGCUCGGAAACAAAUCGACGCUCAGGGCGGUCUGAUGGCCAUGGCUCGCGCUGAAGCUGCCAAGCUAGAGGCGCAACUCAACGAGGCUCAAAAGGCGGCGAGAGAGAAAGCACAAGUGCCUCUUGAGGCCUCAGCAGAGGGAGAGACCACAUCCGGUAAUACUUCGAACAAAGGCAAGGGCAAGGCGAAAGCGCUGGAUGAUGAUUCCGAAAAGAUGGAUAGCGGAAGAGACUUUGAUGGGGAGCAGUACUCCGAAAUGGGCGAGACUUUACCUAUUCCCAAGGGAUCUCAGAGCAGCCAAGCCGGAUCUACUGGCCUCGGAACGCCCAAUGAGGAAUUGUUCGAUGCGGACUCUGAUUCGGCAAGAGGGCGUGCCGAUGUGAAGGACAACCGGCUACAUGAGCGCACGGCGACUACAGACUUUUCUCAAGCCCUAGGCUCCGCUCAGGCCUGGUUCACGCGCGUACAAGGUACGCUGGUAUCCGAAGCUCAACCUCGCGUUCUGGAGUUGCAAAAAUCGCUAGCGUCUACGCUCUCAUCUUUGUCAGGCGAAGGGAAUAACGUGGGCGCCAAAGACGAGACAAGGGAGAAGUCCGACGAAUCGUCGACGGCUCCACUGGCCGCACCUUCAGAGGCUCUGCCCGCAUUGACAAAGACUUUUCAGCAAGCUCUGCCGCACUUGGAUUGGAAGGCGAGUCAAGACUUGGCGAAAAAGUACUAUGCGGCCAGCGAAAAUUUGGCUAGGGAUGUUGGCAAGGAAAUGUCCGCUUUGGUGGGCGACUUGGUCAAGGUCGUGCCGGCGAACGAAGUGAGCCAAAAGGGAGAUCAAAACGGGACGCCGCAGGGCGACAGCAAGCUGGGUAAGUGUCUGUCUGACAGAUGUUCGCGUGCUGGGCAUGGUUGUGAUUGCUGCGUUGGCCCCGUCAAGCUGAACCAACUCGCUCUGCCACCCAACAGCACGAUCGACGCCUGUUCAGCCCGAGUCAGCCAGCUCGAGUAAGAGCAAGAUUGGUCAGAAUUCAAGCAGUCAGAGCAUAUCGGAUGAUUUCGAUUGGGACGCAGAAGCCGAAGAAGCGUCUGCUCAAGCCCAAACCCAAGCCCAAGCCCAAGCCCAAGCGCACGCACAGACUCCAAAGCCGAUCAAAACUGAUACAAUCGCGCCGUCUGCGCGCAAGGGCAUGAGCGCUUCAUCCAGCCGAGACUCGGGACUGCAAACGACGACGGGACCUCAGACUAGUAGCUGGGAGGCAGAGGAGCACGAAGAGGAUGCUCGGGCGCUCGCUGCUGCGAGCACCAAGAAAGAAGAGAGCGGAGAAGACUCGGAUUGGGAGUGA